CUUGGGUGUAGGAAGGUGGUAUUGGUGAGAAGGAAGAUAUCCCUCCGAGACCACCUUCACAGUCUUCCAACGCUUCAUUUUAGCGAAGUUGUUGUUCAUUUUUGAAUACUAGAAAGCAUGGAACUAGAUGAAACACAAUUUGAUAAAUUUAUAGGAUUGUUCAGCAUAAGACCUGAAGAUUUUCCAUACAACCAAGAUGUCAGGCUAAACAUUAAGUCAUUGAGACAAAACCAUGUAGACCAUCAGCUCUUUUUUGAUGUUUUAUUCUUUUUUAUUGAUGCUAUGAAAGAACCAGAAGGUUGUUAUCCGCCGUCCUCUAUGAGUGAUUUAAAAAACUUGUUCUUAAUUAUUGACUCUUCUAAUAUCGACGAACUUAAGCAGCAGUGCUUUUAUUAUUACUUACUAAAAGAUUGGGGAAAAAGUGAAACAUACGCUGAUCAAAUACUAUUGCCUUAUAAUUUCCGUCAUUUAAUAGAUGGUUAUUAUGCUUUAGAUCAUUUAAAUUUUGAGGAAGCGCUUGAUCACUUUUUACAGCCGGAUGUAUUGCCUAAUUUCCCUGACAAGAUUCUAGAGACAUUUUACCGUCAUGAUAAGUUUUUUCAGAUGAUUCGCUUUAUAAUGUUUGUGAAUCCACCUUUAGAUACGUUUAGAAAGCAAGAGUGUUACACCCUUGCUCUUGCAAGAGUUAGUUUUCUGAGCGCGUUUCAUUUUAUGAAAAAAUCCAUACAUCCUCUUGUCUUGUGGGAAAAACUUCUUUAUGUUGUUUUGGACUCUAAUGAUAAAGAUUCUUGCAAGUUAAUCGUUUCACUUCCUUUAGUUGAAGAAGAAAUUGAUAUUAUGAUCUCCGUUUUAAACGCAAAAAAGGAACCAUUAUACCUUAAUACUCUUUUAGCUUUCCUUAUACAAUCGGGCAGAAUACAUGAGGCGUGUCAAUUAGCAUCCUCAAAUCCCUAUCUUGACGAGUCUCCGAUCUCUUCUGCUUUACAAAAGUUAGGAGUUUCAUAAUGUACAACCUUUCUGAAAUAUCCAAGUGCUUAGAUGGGAAAAAUACAUGAAGUCAACUUCACAGAAAGUGAUAGUAUCUUUCUAUAAAAUAAAAUAAAAAGAAAAUGACAAUUAAAUAUAUGGAAAUUCAGUAAACUAUAUAAAAGA